AAGUGUUGAUGCGCUGCGAGGCGCCUCCUAACGCACGAGGACAGGAGUUACCAGUGUUUCCUUCUGCACGAGCUCCAUCAACCCCCCGCCCGCACGCGCUCAGGCUACUACUACUACUGUCCGCGCUCGUGCUCCGUUCAGCUCGACCUCAGUAUGGCACAGCAGCACUUCAGGAGCGGCCCGGCCUUCGGUCUGUCCGCAGAGGUCAAGAGCAAGCUGGCCCAGAAGUACGACCCCCAGAAGGAGGAGGAGCUCAGGCUGUGGAUUAACGAGGUGACGGGACGCAAGGUUCCAGACAACUUCAUGGAGGGCCUGAAGGAUGGAGUCACCCUCUGCGAGCUUAUCAACGCUCUCCAGCCCGGCACGGUGAGAAAGAUCAACAACUCCUCUCAGAAUUGGCACCAGCUGGAGAACAUCGGGAACUUCGUCCGGGGAAUCCAGGAGUAUGGCUUAAGGCCACAUGACAUCUUCGAGGCCAAUGACCUGUUUGAGAACGUCAACCACACUCAGGUUCAGAGCACCCUGAUUGCUCUGGCUGGGAUGGCCAAGUCCAAAGGCCUCCGCACUAAAUACGACAUCGGGGUGAAGUACGCCGAGAAACAGCAGCGCAGGUUUGCCCCCGAGAAACUGAAGGAAGGACGCAACAUCAUCGGCCUGCAGAUGGGAACCAAUAAGUUUGCCAGCCAGAAGGGAAUGACAUCAUACGGCACACGGCGUCACCUGUAUGACCCCAAAGUUGGCAUGGAGAAUCCCCUGGACCAGUCAACAAUUAGCCUGCAGAUGGGAACCAACAAAGGAGCCAAUCAGUCUGGAAUGACCGCACCCGGCACCAAGCGCCAGAUCUUCGAUAAGAAGCUGGACAUGGAGAGCUGUGACACCGCCACCGUCUCGCUGCAGAUGGGCACCAACAAGGUGGCGUCUCAGUCCGGCAUGACGGUCUACGGCCUCCCGCGCCAAGUCUACGACAGGAAGUACUGCACCUACUCCGAAGACUACAUGGACAACGGCCAGGACGUGCGGGAGAUUGAUGGAUACCAGUACUCUGAUUAAGCCACAUGGACUGCUAUCCCGCACACUGCUUUAAUUCUUAUGUUUUUUUUUCUUUAUUUCACUUACUGAUGCUUUUAAAAUUUAUUUAAAAGUCGAAAAAACACGAAAAACGCCCAAACUGUUGCCGUAGCAACCACGACCAACCACGACCAAUCACAACCAACCAACCGAAGGUUGACCAAAGCUGAAGCGUAGGUCUGCUAUGGCUGAUUAGUUUUGCCACUGGCUGCUAAUAUUUCUGCUUCUCACUCAGAGUAGAUGUUAUAAAAUUUUAUAUUUUUUAUUUUUGAGUAUUUGAGUUUGUAGCAGCCUCUUCUCACCUGAUUUGCAUGACUUGCAUUCUGUUUACAGGAAAAGGAAAAAAAAAACUACACUGCCUGGUCAAAAGAAAAGUCGCCACCAAAAAGAAAGGUCCCACACUCUUAAUAUUACAUUAGACCACCUUUAGCUUUGAUUGCAGUUAAGUUGUAAAUAUAUACAAUUUUAAGUUUAUUCAACUUAACUGAGUUUUGUUCACACAACAAUUAACUUAAUUGUUUUCAAGUGGCAGUCUGUAUUAUUUUGUUUCUAAACUGAAGCAGAAGCAGUAAAGAAGAGUUAAACUUUUCUCUUUAAUGGUACCAGUGUGCUGGAACAACCAUCCCUGCUAAACCUAAUAUAUUCAUUCUAAAAACUGGGGUGUCAGGUCACUUUUCGCGGGAGUUCUUCUUCUGGCCACAUCACGCGUCUUUACGUACUUACGUCACACGUACAGCCUGUAAAAGAGGAUCCGGCUCAGUUUUACUGAACACGAGCGGCUGGUGGAGCAAUGGGGACUUCAGAAGAGGAAACUCAGAGCUCAGUAGCUCCUCCAUUCACUCAUAGUAAAAGCAAAGAAACGAAGGAGUGAAGUUUCUGACUGAGCGUUCUCUCUCUCUCUCUCUGUGUGACUGAACAUAAUCUGGAAUCGGAUUCAUCCGCUCUGAAAGGAGACCGCAUCACACCCGCCCAGUUUAAAAUGAUUCUUCCGCAUGCUCGGUGCAAUUACCCAUUCUCACCAGAGAGGACCCUCAGCCCCCUAAAUCCCCCAAAUCCCAAAACUUACGGACAUUAGCUUUAAGUAUUGUACAUAUAUAAAUACAUAUAUUGGUAUUCUCAACAUAUUUAGCAUAUUUUUAAAGAACUGCCAAUACUGACAGCAUAAUACUGCAGCAGCUCAAGAGUGAACACUGUAGCUCAAAGCCAAUAUACUGAUGGUAAUUAAGGGUAAGGCCACACCCAAUAUGCAAAUAUAUGGUGCCAGGAACCUAUAGAAAAGCUGUAUGAAUGAGGGCUGCACAAUAUAUUGUUCAAGCAUUGUCAUCACGAUGUGUGGAUGUGGAAUAGUCACAUUGCAGGGCGUGUGAUGUCACUUAAGGCAAUUAAAUCAAACACGUCAUGUUGCAAUGUGUUGAUUUUUGACACAAGAAGUAGAUACACAGCGCUGUCUCUGUGUCUGUGUGAGUGACAGGCUGCUGCUGCCUGAGAAGCACAAGGGGGAUGGGCAGGAGUAAACACGAGGUAACCACUUGGCCUCCAUCUGUAUGGUUGGGCACGUGCUUGUAAACGUGAGCACAUGUGGAAAGCUGUGCACCUCAGUCCAGCACAAUUUUGCAGUGCAGAUAUUUCCAGUUACAGCUGAAUUCACGCUUUAAAUGCCAGAAAAACGCUCUUAUUUACCUUUUAAAAAUAAUUAAAUGCCUGAUUAAAGGGCUAAUUACUGUUGUUUUGCUGUUUUUCUUGGGUUUUGAGAGCUUGGCGCUGAUUCAGCUCUUGAUUGGUCCAGAUACCAGACAGCAUGAGGGUGCAGGCGGGGCUGGUGAUGUCAUGGGCCCUGCAUUGUUUAAUAUCGUGAUAUAUAUUGUCGGAAAAAAAAUUAAGCAGCAAACCCACAUAAUUUACUUAGUUAAAUCCAGGUGGCGACUUUUAAUUUAGAUUUAGCCAGGCAGUGUAUUUCCAACCCAAAACGACCAUGAAAAAUUAUGAAUCUGUAUAAUUGUAUAUGCGUUUUUUUUAUAUAUAUAUUUAUGCCUUGUUGUUUGGUUUUGUUUAAUAUUGAAGGAAUUCAAUUAGUUUUUGCACCAAAGCCCACUUAACCCACUCAUGCUGCACCUGAUCACCAAGCUUCAGCAGAGACUGAAUAAAAAAUACUAAUAUAUAUUUAAAAAACUAUAUAUAUAAAAAAAAAAACUAACCAACCACGUAGAAAUGAAAUGACUUCAGAAGCAGAGUUGGAGCACACGCAGCAACUAACAACUGCAUCCAGUGGGACACGCACUUAAAUCAGACAUGCAUUUUAAUCUUUUUUUUUUAUUUGCAUGCGCUGUGUUCUCUCUCUAAUGCUCUUACUUUGAUGUUUACGCCAUAAAGUGCCUCUGAAGAUGAUUUAUCAUUUAUGUUUCCAUACACAUCAGAUCCUCCAGCCAGCCGUGAGGCUUUAAAUCAAGCUAAACUCCAGUGGUGCAGUACGACACGACCAGACGAAUGUACCCAGACCAUUCUACUGCAGUAUUACAUGGCUUUUGGAAGUGUGUAAAAUGUGAUAAUCGUAUGGUUUAUAUUACAGCUGUCCAAUUGCUAAUGAACAAACCACACUCAGUGUGACUCGUGUGAUUCAUUCUGAGUGAUACAAGUGCCAAAUACAAAUGUAGGACUAGUGCAUCUAAAAAAAUGGGAAAACUUUUGUUAAAACAUUGUAAAAAGUUCAUUUUUGUUCAUAAUUCAAUUCAAAAAAAGUAAGCUGCCAUGUAAACUGACCUGUUUUAAGCUUUUCUUUGUAUUACUUUUACUUUCGAUUUAAUGUAACUUAUAGCUCACAGAGAUCCAGAAAUCCAGUAUCCAAUAGUAUUUUUAUUUUUUUUUGGAGUGUACAAUCUAGUAAUGUCCAACUUACAAUAGCAGAUUGUGCUCUCUCAGACUCCGGCUGCUGAUGCCAGGAUUUAAACGCCACUCUGGAGAGUUGGUACUAGUUUUGACAAUGUGGGCAGAUGCCAAGUCCUUCUGGAAGAGGAAAUUAGCAUCUUCAUAAAGCUUGUCAGCAGCUUGUGCACCUUUUCCUACCAUAUUAUUUCCCCCUCUGGGAAACUUUCUAUUUUAAUGUGUCAAUGAUCGCCUUCUAAUCACAGUAAAAUCAGCAGUGUUCUCCAUGAACAAGACUGAGAGAUAGACAGUAUUUAAAGGAAAAAUGUUAUUUUAAUUUGAUAUUGGAUUUCUAAUUUCUUUGAGCUAUAAAUCAUGCUGUUUCAAAUAUACAAAAAAGGCUUGAAAUACUGUUUGUUACUUUACAAGAGAUUAAUAUAAAAUAUAUGCCAGAUUAUCUUUUUGACUUAAAUUAUGAAUAAAAAUUACCUAAUACAGUA